GAGAGUAUCUAGCUCCUACCUUACUUCCUUCCUGACUCUGUUCUGCUUCUCCAGACCAGUUUCUCGAACUCAUGGAGUUGCUUCCAGCGUGCCGGUUGUGUGGAGCGUUCUUUUUAAAAGCGGAGUAUCUUUCCUCCAUUGUAUAGUAUUACAAUCGCAAUGACUCAGUUUGCAGAGCAUAGGACGGCUGACGAUUCUCCGAUAGGUUUUUGAGGCAAUAUUCCGAGGAAGUUACUCAUCCAGAAACGUGGACGCGGCCCAGAACGAUAGUCGUCGCUCGCGUGGCUAGGGUAACUGGAUCCGUCUGUUUUGCCGACAUCUGCCUUGAAAACGUAUUUGAAAUAUGAUUGACUGUUUCGUUGAAUGACAUAUGCAUAUGUUGUGCACAUUUUACCUGAUAAACACCGGCGAAACAGGUUCCCUCCUGCCUCUCAGUUGAAUGAACCACGCACGCGGCGCGUCUUUUUAUCGUAGUUUCAGUUUCUCAAAUCGUGACUGUUAUUGAUAUUGCAUGGAAAAGGCUGCUGACCAGACCAUUUAACUCCUGAAUUUCUAUCGUUCUAUCAUGUGUGAAAAUCAUUGCGUUUUGUGUUCUAGUUGCCGUUAUGUGUAAAAUCUGAACAUUUCUCACUCGGAAAAUCUGAUAUCAGAAUGUCGUCUAAGAAUGCUCGAAAAAUGAAAGUGAUAUCGCGAAACGGUAGUGAGGGUGGAGAAAGUAUGCUCAGCAAUGAUAUCGAUGAGAAAAACGGGGGAAAGGCGACCACAAUAGGAAAUGGAAAGGAUGAUGGCAAGGAUAACAUAGUCUUGAAACGAAAAAUCACGCUAAUCAACGGAGUCGGCAUCAUUGUGGGAACAAUCAUCGGAUCUGGGAUAUUUAUAUCACCUACAGGUGUUUUUUUCUAUACGGAAUCCGUGGGUACCUCACUCUUCAUUUGGACUGUUUGCGGUUGCUUGUCGACUAUUGGAGCACUUUGCUAUGCUGAACUUGGCACAUGCAUCACUAGGUCAGGAGGAGACUACGCGUACUUGUUCGUCGCAUUCGGACCGCUUGUUGCAUUCCUACGACUGUGGAUAGCGUUGCUCAUUAUACGGCCUACAACACAGACAAUUGUUGCAUUAACCUUCGCUCAAUAUGCAGCUAAGCCGUUUUUCGAAGACUGCUCGCCCCCAGACAGCGCUGUUAAACUAUUAGCGGCUGUUUGCUUAUGUUUUUUGACCGCUAUCAACUGCAUAUCAACGAAAUGGUCAAUGAAAAUCCAAGAUGUGUUCACGGCAGCGAAACUGGCCGCCUUGGUCCUGAUCGUAUUAACUGGUCUGUACUGGAUGUUGACGGGAAACGUACAAAAUUUUGAAGAUAUGUGGGAAGGAGAAUACAAUUUAGCAAAUAUAGGAUUUGCCUUUUAUAACGGACUGUUUGCUUUUGGUGGAUGGAAUUAUUUGAAUUUCGUGACAGAGGAGUUGCAAGAUCCUUAUAAAAAUUUGCCUCGCGCAAUAUGGAUUGCUAUGCCCCUCGUCACAGGAAUUUACGUACUCGUAAACUUAGCAUACUUUGCAGUGGUGUCUAGAACGGAAAUGUUAAGCUCAUUAGCUGUUGCUGUAACUUUUGGAAAUCAUAUGUUUGGCAAACUCGCAUGGAUUGUUCCAAUCUUUGUUGCUUUAAGUACCUUUGGAGGUGUUAAUGGUGUUUUAUUCACAUCGGCUCGGCUGUUUGCAACUGGCGCACAAGAGGGCCAUUUACCCUCAUUCUUCACAUUGUUCCAUGCUAGGAAACAAACCCCAAUCCCAUCCCUGAUUUUUACAUGUAUAGUUUCGUUGGCGAUGCUUUUAACCGCAGACGUUUAUAUGCUCAUUAAUUACUUCAGUCAGAUACUGUGGCUUUCUGUAGCCGCCAGUAUUGCAGGUUUAUUGUGGUUACGGAAAACAAAGCCUGACUUACCGCGACCAAUCAAAGUUCAUCUUGCUCUGCCGAUUAUCUUCAUCUUCUGCUGCGUAACCCUCGUCAUGUUACCAACACUAAGCCAACCAAUGAAUUUAGUCAUAGGCAUUGCGAUCACCCUUGCUGGCAUUCCAUUCUACUAUAUAUGUAUUGAGUGGAAGGAUAAACCCAGGUUCUUAGGGAAAAUUUCACGAGGCCUUGAAAGGUUUUGUCAGGCUAUGUUUAACACAGUAUUGGUUCAAAGUUCCGAAGCGACUUAAAAUUAGUAAGAUGAAACCUAAACGGGAACAAUGAAAAUUGAUAUUUUGCUUGAAACAGAAAUAAGAAUGAAUGCGCUUCUAAAUAUUAAUAAUUUUAUUAUAAUUACAUAAAUUGAUAAGGAUAUUAAAUUUAUUACCAAUUUACAAGGAAACUCGUUAUGCUUUUUAUAGAAAAUAUAUGAAAUAAAUUUUUUGUAUGGACCAAGAUAGAA